AUGAUUUUUAACGGCGAGCUUUCCUUUUAUGAAUUGCUCCUUUUCGUGGAAGACCUAAAAAGUCACUGUGAACGUAACUUCGAUAUGGUUUAUCUUCCACAAGAAAGCCCUAUCAAAGGUCGCUGCCCCGCUAUAGGUUGUAAUAAAGAGAUUAUACGGAGUACCUAUAUUCACGACUACAUUCGACGCGAGAUUGCUUUGGAUCUUCAAGUCUCGAAAUCAAAGUUAGAAUUUUGCUAUGGAACAAAGAUCUUACCGCCGAAGACCGCUUAG